GAUCCCGUCACCAAGUAUAUCAAAGUAGGAAACACAUCUGAAAAUGCAACAGAACAUGGAAGAUUCUUCAGUGUAUUCAAUGCAGAACGAUUCGACAAUGAUGUCAGUUAAGCUUGCGCCGUCUGAGCCUAGCGAAAACAUCACGGGUCUAAACUUUGCCAAUUUCAAUCAGGAUUAUUCAUGCAUUUCUGUCGGUUAUGAGAAUGGGUUCAGGGUUUACAACUGCGAUCCAUUUACUCAAUGCUAUGAACAUUUGGAUGGACCUAUAGGCAUUGUUGAAAUGCUUUUUUGCUCUUCCUUGCUCGCUAUCGUUGGUACUGGUGAGCAAGCCUCUCUGUCUCCACGUCGGCUAAAAAUCAUAAACACCAAACGCCAUACUACAAUAUGUGAGUUAACUUUUCCAACUUCAAUUCUUUCUAUACGGAUGAACCGGGAGAGACUCAUUGUACUUCUCGAAGAAAUCAUUUACAUUUAUGAUAUUACCAAUAUGAGAUUAUUGCAUACAGUGGAAAUUCCGCCGAACCCAAUGGGGUUAGUGGCAUUGAGUAUAAAUUCAGAUAACAAUUAUCUCGCAUACCCUUCGCCACAAAAGGUAACUAAACUGAAUGGUUCAAACAGUGUUCCAAAUGGGCCGGGGGUCGAUGUUACUGGGAUCAAUGGACAACACCCAUCCGCUUCAAAUGCUUCACAUUUGCCAAAUACUGGCGUAAAUUCCCAUGACGAUUUAGCUGGCUUACAUGAUACUAGUGUUACACAAAGCAUACGCAAUGGUGAUGUUAUAAUUUUUGAUUGCAAAUCAUUGCAGCCGAUCACAGUUAUUGAUGCGCACAAAACUCAGUUAUCAACUAUGGCGUUCAGCCAAGACGGAACUUUACUUGCCACUGCAAGUGAUAAGGGAACAAUUGUACGCGUUUUUUCUGUUGAGAGAGGAGUGAAACUGUAUCAAUUCCGUAGGGGUACAUAUAAUACUAAAAUAUAUUCACUUGCAUUCAGUCCAAGGAAUAUGUUUUUGGUUGCCAGCAGUGCAACAGGGACAGUUCAUGUUUUCCGUCUCGGUGAGGAGGAGGCUAAGAAUACUGUUGUCAAGAGUACAAGAUCUUCUGGAUGGCUCAAUCAAAGAAAAAAUGAAAAUGAUCGAAAUCUGGAAGUUACCAGACAAAACGAACUAGAUAGAUUGAAAAACCACCAAGCUGAGAUGGAUACUGUAGACGACUUUGAGCUCACUAAUGAUGAAGAUCAAACAGAAGUAGAUGUUGCAGACUUUCAAAGGUUAGGAAUACACUCGGAUUCUGAAGACGACAUUGAUUCAUCAGAUGACGACGACGACGAUGAUGAAGAAGACGAAGACGAAGACGAAGAAGAAGGAGAAGGAAGGCACGAGUUGGUUAAUAAUGUUGAUGAUAAUGUGGUAGAGAGUGCUGCAGUUGGAAAGACUAUGAGAGGAACAGAAGAAGACUUUGAGAACGUCGAUGUUUUACGUCCUUUACCAUCGGAAUUGACUAACAAUACACAAUCGGGAGCGAUCUCUAUCUUUUCUUCUUCUUCUGGAGGAAGCACCUCCGGCAAAGCUCAACCAAUAGUAGACAGCAAUCGACGAUCUGUGGCAAGAAUGUUUCGUCGAACUUCUCAAAGCCUAGGACGGAAAGCCGCAGAGAAAAUGGGAACGUAUCUACCUCCUAGAUUUUCUUCAAUCUUGGAGCCGAACAGGCACUUUGCAUCUUUCAAGGUUCCUACGAGCAAAGAGAACAUGUCCAUUGUUGGCGUGAUUGAACUUAAUGUCGACAGUUCUAUAGAUGCGAAUGACGAACUAUCAAUCCAGUCUCAUACAGGACAUACUCUUCAUGAUGAUAGCUCAAGUACGCACAGUCUGAAUAGUGGAGUCAGCGGCCUUAGUAACGGAAGCCGAGGCAACAGUAGGAGCAACAGUCGUUUUUCGAAAAAGAAAGCUGUGCAUAUUCUUGUUGUGUCUGCUGACGGCAUUUUCUACACAUAUGGCCUAAAUCCAGAAAGAGGCGGAGAUUGUGUGCUACUGAUGCAAAGAUCUCUGAUCGAGUAAAUAGUUAUCGUUGCUAGUAGAAGUGUAUUGGCCCUUUACAUAAAGGUAUUUAGUUAUACUCAUGUGUCAAUAUAUUUGAGUUCACGUAUAAUAUAGUCUGUCAUAUGUCAG